UAUGACAGCUCUCACUCCAGAGUGAGCGCUCUUGAAGCCAUUCCUCUCUGCAGUCCCAGCUCUUCAGUCAUGCUGCGUCCGACGGUCCUCGGCCUCCUCCUGGCAUGUGCUGUGUCCCUCAGCAGCUCUGCAGUAAUUCUAGAAAAUGGCAUGCCCAUCUUGUGGGCGCACACAACCGGCCAAGUGACGGACCUGCCAACACAGAAUGGCAUUUUGACUCCCGAUCCCUGGCACUACCUUCACCGUAUGAGUCUUUACCGGCUGGCUAUAGCUGCCACAGACCCAUUUAUGGGUUCCAUGGGGACGAACGCUACAGACAGUCCUUUAUGGGGACUGCCACUGCAGCUUGGAUGGAUGCUAACUUCAGGGCGUCUCGCUGACCCAACUGGUGCUACAACCUGCGGCCUGCAAACAGGAGAUACUAUGUGUAUUUCUCCUCAAAGCUGGUGGGGCUGUGUGAAUUAUUUUGUCAGUGCACUCCCCUUCCUGUCUGCCGCACAGCAGGGCUUCAUUGGACCAGGAGUUCAGGUCCAGAUGCAGACGCCUGCAGGUGUAGAGGAUUUUUGCACCACCUAUGCUGACUGCACAACUCGCUACCCUGAUGCCAUGGCUAAGUGGGAUGCCUUUUUUCAGGGUCUGAAGGCUGCGACUGACUCUCCUCUGCCUGACAAUGAGAAGAAAGACUCUCUCCUUGGUCUCUACUGGGCAGCCCAGAUGGCUUCAACUCAUGCCUCUUCAGCAUGCAACGCCAGGAAGAGCCACUACUCCUCCACGGAAGUGUCCUUUGCUGACAGCUGGCUCAACUCAGCGGAGUAUGUAUCAGCAGCACAUUUCCAUUCCAAUUUGGAAAACUCUGCGAUGUUCAUAUCCCCUCUGCCAAGUCGAAUUUUACAGGAGGGUGACAGUGCACCCAACAUUGCUGAUCUGAGUGCAGAUGAGAACCACACACUGUCCAUCUUCUCCUGGAUGAAGAGCAUCAACUCUCUGCUUGGUGGGACGCUGGUGAAUUUGUGGCAGAGAGCAAUGUGUUCAGUGACCACGAGAGAGAAAGGCAGAGAGAUGUUGGGACAGCUCCUCCUGAAUCCCGGCUUCGCCACCAGCACUUUCCUGAGCAUCGUCACUGGAAUGUCGACCAGCUGCUGAGACAAACACACAAGCACACUCACAAACAGGAACAGAGAGAGACAACAACUCCACUUAUAUGAUGGUAUUCACUUUUUCAUCAGAAAGUUGACACAUGCUAAAAUUUGUCGAUUUUUUGAAUAGUAAAUUAUAUAGGAUUACUAUUGUAAAAAAAAAAAAAAAAAAAACUCAGAGGGAGAUUUCACUAAGACAAGACCCUGUUAAUACAAAGAGACAUAACUGGCAUUUUAUUUCCAUCAAAUUAAAUAGUUCAAGUACUGAAAGUUAGUUAUGUCAUUAUUUGGAAGGUGUAGAUCAACUGACAGAUUACAGUGUAAAGCAAGUAAUCCUCAGUGUAUGUUCUUGUUGUGCUUUUGUGAAUAUGUGUCCCAGUAAACCGCUGAUAAUC